GCGCUCAAAUCACUCGCUCAAAUGCGGUUCACGCGGUAUGUCUAAGUCGCUGCUAGUUCGCUCUACGUGUCGUACGAAUUAGGCGUCAAUACUACUGCUGCAUUCUUGGUCUGCGGUGUCAACAUAACAUAUAAUAUAAUAUAAUGUACUAUCGAAUUCCAUUAUGGUUGUAGUAGUUUUCCAUUUGAAUUAAUUAAAUGCUAUAACAUGGUGAUUAAAGAACCGUCUAGAUCAGAUGUCGAAAGAUUACGCUGCUUGCCUAGACAAAGGUAUCCGAGUAGUUCCAUCGACUUAACAUCUUUUCAGGACUCCACCCAUGGGCAUGACUUUAAUCAAGGUCACAGUCGAGUAGUUAUGACUAGAAAAACAGAACGGAGGAUAUUUGUCGCCCCGACAAAAUUGGGACAGAAACCCAAAUUUGAGACACUUACCAAAGAAACCGUUCAGACAUUUCGUGGUAACAAAACCGAAAGAAAAGUGACUUCUGAAACGAAAAAUGUAGAAGAAUCCAUUGAUCACAAAUUAGAUAGAUCAGAUGAUUUUUUAUCAUCGUUGUCGUCCAGGUCAUCAACUUCUUCACCAGAAUUAAAGACUUCAUACAAACAAAAAUGCACAGCUAUAAAAUCUCAAAAGAAAGUACUUAUUGACAAUAUCACAUUUACACAAGAAUGUUUAGAAGCACACAAUCAGUAUAGGAAAAAGCACUCAGUUCCUCCAAUGAGCCUGAAUAAAAAGCUAUGUAAAUAUGCAGAAGAAUGGGCAAAUUAUUUGAGUAUCAAAGGAUUACUCGAGCACAGGCCAUCAUCGCCGUACGGUGAGAAUUUGUUUUGCUCAUGGACAUCGUUACCCAACCACAGAAUCGAAGGCAGAGAACCAGUGGACAGCUGGUACGAAGAAAUUAAGUUUCAUCCGUUCGGCCGUGAACCGACUACCUUAAAAUCAGGACAUUUUUCUCAGGUCAUAUGGGCGAAUAGCAAGGAAAUGGGAGUUGGCGUUGCGUCAAACCGAUCAGGGCAAAUAUUUGUCGUCGCUUGUUACGACCCGGCUGGAAAUUUCCUUGGACAGUUCAAAGAAAACGUUCCACCUAUCGGAGGUUUUAAGGACACACCACUCAGUCCUAUUCUUUUACAGUCUUCAUACACGGACGAACAGUUGUACAAAGACAGUUUAAAACUGCAUAAUGACUACCGGUUGAAACACGGUUCUGGGCCACUGACUUUGAACAAAAUGUUGUGCCGUAACGCGCUCACGUGGGCAAAGACGUUAGCAAAAGAUGACAAGUUCAUGCAUCAGCCGGAAAAUCCUUUUGGCGAGAACUUGUUUAGCAUGUGGUCGUCAAACCAGGUGACUGCCAAAGAUGCGAUUUGUAACUGGUACAAAGAGGGGAAAAAUUACGAUUACUCGAAAGAACCUAGAAUUCUCAAAUCAGGACAUUUUACCCAACUUGUGUGGAAAGGCACGAAAUCCAUGGGUAUAGCAAUGGUGAAAGGCAAGUCAGGAAGAAUUGUGAUCGUUGCUAAUUAUAAUCCACCUGGAAACAUAAUGGGACAGUUUAUGGAUAACGUUCUAAAGCCUUGUUAAAUUAUUUAUUUAAUAUCAUACUUCUUUCAUUCCUUUUGAAAUUGAAAUUUAUACUCAAUUUCUUUAU